UGCAAGCGUUGAUGAUUAUGAUCAAGUAAGCUAACGACUUUCUUAAAUCUUACACGAAAGGAACACUCUUUCUGAGUUAAAGAUGGUGAGAGCUCCAUUCUUUGACAAGAGUGGACUAAAGAGAGGUGCUUGGAGUCCAGAGGAAGACGAGAAACUAAGAGCUUAUGUGCUAAGAUAUGGUCAUUGGAACUGGCGAAAACUUCCCAAGUUCGCAGGGUUGUCGAGGUGUGGCAAGAGUUGCAGAUUGCGGUGGAUGAACUACCUGCGCCCUGGUGUAAAACAUGGAAGCUACUCCCAGCAAGAAGAUGAUUUGAUCAUGAAAUGGCACCAAGAUGUUGGAAAUAAAUGGUCCUUGAUUGCUGCCAAGUUACAGGGAAGAACAGACAAUGAAAUUAAGAACUAUUGGCACUCCCAUCUAAAGAAGAUAGCGAAAAACAAGCAAAAUGCAUCUGGCUUGAAGAAGGUAGCAAGUGAAACUUCCCAAAGUGAUGCAAGAGAGAAUGCAGAAACACACGAAGCUCAAGUUUUCUUUCCAAAUAGUCCAUCGCACCUGAUAUUAGAAAGUUCCCCAUUAUCCCCAGAAACAUAUUCCGGUAAAUUCUCCCCUAUAACGUCAGAUUCUGCCCACGUUACUCCCCAAGAUCAAAGCUGGAGUGCAGAAAGUUUCAGAUCAUUUGAAGAAUCUCUGGGGGAUUUCUGGACUGAACCAUUUGUAGCAGAUAGUACCUAUAACCAAGAUGUUGGAUUUAUGCCACUUAGUGUUUUUGACUAUGAUGACAACGUAGAAUUGCUUUAUCAAGUUAUGCAGGAACUUCCAGGGAAUUAGGUUUGGUUUUUGGAAUUUUAAUCUUCUCUUUUGAAUUAGGAGUUGAAGAAUAUGUUUGUGGUGAAUAGAGAAUACCAAAAUGAUGUGCUUUCCAUUUCUAAUCUCUUUGUUUUGUUACCCAUUUGAGUCAAAUUGAAGAAGGUUAUAAAUAUAUAUCAAGUUGCUUUUUUAGCUUGA